AUGUGCGAGGAAAGCUCAGAACUCGAAGGUUUCGCUGCAAACUCAACGAACCUCGAGCUGGAUUCGACGUGGCAGAACGGGUGGCUCAGUAACCUUGACAGUACCUCGACAUUGAUAACUAACCGUGACCCAGCCCUCCACUUCCAGUUCCUGAUUCGUUUUGCGAAGAACCGAGGCCUUGCAGACACAUUUGAGAUUGGUAAAUUUGCUCCGGCUGCUCGACAAUCAAUUUGCGGUCGUCAGAAUGUUAAAGCACGGGAUGACGGCCUCGGGUUAUCCAAGGGACAGGCCGCAUCAGAGGCCAGCUCAACAGAACUGAGCCAGCUUUCACAAGAUCGGACACUCGUAAUUCCGUUUUCAACUGGGGAUGCAAACCCGAGAACUUUGUGCAAUGGCUCGCUUCUGAUGAAGACUAUGGAAAUAUGUAAUGGACUCAAAACGACACUGAUGAACAAAUCAGUGGGUUCGGCGUUGUCAAUGGAAUGGUCCCCGCUGACCAAGGCCAUGGCCCAGCAGUUUUUCGGCCCCUCGAAUCUGAGAGCUUUCAUGCAGAGAUAUUGGACAUUUUUAUCAUCGCACAGCUAUGAUCGUGGCAAUGCUACAUCUGGUUCGACGUGGUUGAGGAGUGGGUAUUCAACGAUCCACACGUGUCGUCGGCGGCGACCGGCCGGGACGAUCAGCAUCUCUUCGAGAAGGACGAAGUCGGAAAGAUUCAAGCUCUUCAAUCCACCUAUGCGGUUUUCAUCUACCAAUAUUGGCAGGGUCGAGAAUCUGCGAAGGCAAGGGUCUGCCGAGUUCGAUUUAAUGUGCUGGUCGGGAUCACGAAAGACAUUGGCGCCGGCAAAGCACAACAUGCACAGGUCCCCCGUUAUGGACACUGGCCUUACCACCUGGCACAACACUCCUGCAAAACUCGUCCUUCGCGAACUAGUGAUGGCACCUGCGUGUCCCGAGCUGUGUUUUCAGGCAGAGUUAGCUGCCGAAUGCGCCGACAAACUCAACGCUUGGCGCUCCUGUUUCCCUUAUCGACCCGCUGAGACAAUGUACUCGGUCAUCCGUGUCUUCUGCAAAGCAAAACUUCCAGAUGAUACCAAGUUAGGUUUGCCCUAUUGUAGCUUACUAAGUCUAUGGGCAGUUGUCAAAGCUUUCUAUACAAUGGUAUUCACCUUGGGCACCACCAUAGGUCCAGAAGCCCAUAUGCAACCCAUUCUGAAUGGCAUAGAGAGUUGGAAAAUCGUAUGGAACCGCCGUCUGAACAACGGUGACGAUGACGCGCUCGACGUGCCUCUUCCUGACAAUGUUGCGGGCACAAUCAGGUCCAGCGCUCGGCCCGGUUGGGCUACUCACCGUAUAUUGCCUCCAGCGCAUGGGUUUCUCGACAAAGGCUUCACAAGGAGAAGAUGCCCAUGUACGGACGGGCGGCUUCGCUUUAUCCUCGAAGUCUAUAGAUGCUCGACCAAGUUGAGCUUCUUGAACCGUUUCUUCAGAUGGGCCUUGUUGGGCGUAAUGGGACAAACUUUGACAGCUCCGUUUCACGGAACAUUCUUUGAUUAUUUUCUCAACAUUCGCUUGAAGUACUCGGAAAGUAUUAUACAAGCUGCCUACCAACGGGGCGGGGGGAACCUGUUGAUCGGCUGGGAGUUCAGAGAUCUAAAGCCAUCUGUAAGCAAAGACGGUACCUGUCGCGUCACGGUACAAGUGGCGCAUGUGGACGCUCCGGCGACCGACGAAUUAAAAUGUGCCAAAAAACUAAUACAGGCGCAGCAAAUAUCUUGUGGGUGCCGAUGGGGGAAUUCUCUCGUGCGUCGCCUCAGUGGCAUAUCUUUUCCCCAAGAUGCAACCGCCUAUAAUUGGGUGCGAAUCGACGGUGUUGUCAAAACGAACGGGCCCGACUCCAGAAUCGGCGUGGCUGGCACCGAAUCAGUUUCACAUGGAAAUGUUCUUUGGGUCCUUCUCGACCACUGCAGGACCCGGAUCGGUUUUGCUCUGAACAAGGAGAUGUACGAAAAGUACGACGACAAAAUCACAGAAGAGCAAGCCAAACAUAAGGCAACUCAAGCAGUUCUUCCUUUCACUCUAGAGUUCGAGUCCGUUGACUGGUACACGAUCUACAGCAUCCGACAGGGCGUUGCAGAACAGUACAUGAUUAAUGACUGUGUUCUGUUAGCUGGAGAUGCAAGCCACACUCAUUCCUCUGGGGCUGCUCAAGUUAUGAACACGGGUAUUCACGAUGCCAUCAAUCUGUCAUGGAAGUUGGAAGGAGUUCUCUCCGGCUGGUUUAAGCCCGAAAUCCUGCAAACUUACGACUCGGAGCGCCGACAAAUAGCUCGUACGCUCAUCGAACAUGACAAACAGUAUUCGACCUUGAUUUCGGGUGACAAGAUCGACAAGGUGUUCGAAGGCGACGUCAAUCAGUUGCUCGCAAACUUGAUACGUAACACUGCGGACUUUGUCCUCGGACUGGGUAUCAGCUACGAAGAGAAUAUUAUCAACCUCAGUCCAAAUGCUGUGUUCCUUAGCGCGGGCCACCUCCCCGAUGACGCACUACUCUACGGCCCUGGACGUAGCGUGCCUGUUCGCCUACAACAGGAAAUCCCGAGAUUACAAGACCAAGACUCAAAACUUUGCGGCGACACUUGUAUUCUCCGUGUACUCUCAGGGACGCUGAACAAACGUGGCGUGGUCAAAUACAUGACGAUAAUCAACGGUUGCAAACCCCAGGGUGAGGAAGCAAUUGGGAUGGCCAGUUUCGGGCUGAUCUACUAUGACGAUCAUGCCAUUGUCCAAGAGAAGUUCGGCUUCACCGAAUCCGAGGGCGGAACAGCUGUGUUACGACCAGAUGGCCAUCUCGGUUUUGCCACGUCCUUAGAUCGAGGUUCCGAAGUCGAUGCCUACUUCCGUCAAUUUGUAGUUGACCAAAGUCAGCUCGCACCGCUUUCCAAGUCUUGA